AUGACACUUGCAGCUGCUGGAGCAACCAGGGUGACGAGAGCCCUUGGUGCGGUGCACACUCGCAGAUGCCAGCCCUGGACAAGCUUGUGGUGGAGGAGGCGCUUGGCUUUGGCUGGUAUCGUUUGCGUGUCUUCUAGAGGCUUGAUCCGUUGCCUCUCAAGCACUGGAGGGGAGGUAUCCAUGCCAAGACGUGCCUCCAGACCUCCGCAGGUUCACACAGAUGCGUUUCCCACACCUAUGGAGGUCAACAUGCAAACCAUUGCAAUUGCGCGCUCUCCUUACAAGGAACGAUUUGGCUGUCCCCGACAGCCGACCGUCACAGCUGGAGUUGCAGGAGGAGAAGCUGCCACUGGCUUGCUGGAGCUCGUGCCCAGUGAGCGAAAUCCAGAGGCGAAACUUCGAGCGGCCUUGCAAGACCUUGCUGGCUUCGAGUUCAUCUGGGUUAUCAGCUACCUGCACAUGAAUGAAGGUUGGUCAGCGCGCGUGACUCCACCAAGAGGGCCACGCCAGAAGCGCGGUCUUUUUGCUACGCGAGCUCCACAUCGACCGAACCACAUCGGGCUUUCGGCGUGCCGUUUGAUGGAUGUGGACACUGCCACUCUGCGAGGCCUGUCAUGA